AUGGAAGGCCAGGCCAAGCAAGCGUACUUCGUCAAUGAGGCAUACAACCACAACGAAGAGUCGCCGCCACUAGGUGGAACCGGAGCUGGCGGAGAUGCCCUGCAUCGCCGAAAGAGUGGCGGGAAUAAGGAACUCCAGCUGGAUAUCAGUGGCUUCAAAAAGGGUCAGGAGUUGAAUGGUGGGGCUGGAGAUCCACCCAGUCUAGACUUUGAUGACAUACUCCCCUUAAUUGGGGAGUUUGGUCGCUAUCAAAAGAUACUCUUCAUCUGCAUGAUUCCGUUCUCCUUCUUCGUGGCCUUUGUGUAUUUCUCUCAGAUUUUUCUUACCCUGAUACCCGAGCAGCAUUGGUGUCAUGUCCCGGAGUUGGAUGGUUUGGAUGUGAUGGCCAGACUGGCCCUUUCCAUACCCAUGACCAAUGGGGAGUACAACAAUUGUUACAUGUACGACGUCAACUACACCGAGGUUUUGGCCCAGGGCAAGGUGAUGGCCGACCCGAAGUGGCCGCGGGUCAAGUGCCGCCAUGGCUGGUCCUACAACUUCACGGAGAUUCCCUACUCAACGGUGGCCACGGAGCAGAAUUGGGUUUGCGACGAUGCCGCCCUGCCCACAUAUGCCCAGUCUAUAUUCUUUCUGGGUGCCAUUGCCGGAGGACUCCUCUUUGGCUGGGUAGCGGAUCGCUUUGGACGGAUUCCUGCCUUGAUUGGCACCAAUAUGAUGGGUCUGGUGGCCGGCGUGGGCACAGCCUUUGUGACCAACUUCUGGGAGUUUGCCGCCAUGCGUUUCUUUGUGGGAUUUGCCUUUGAUAAUUGCUUCACCAUGAUGUAUAUUUUGGUUCUGGAGUAUGUGGGUCCCAAGUACCGCACCUUUGUGGCCAACAUGUCGAUAGCCAUCUUCUUUACCGGAGCCGCCUGCCUGCUACCCUGGAUUGCUUACUUUGUGGCCGACUGGAAAAUUUUGGCCAUUGUGACCUCAGCUCCACUCUUCUUGGCCAUAUUUACACCUAUGAUUGUGCCAGAAUCAGCUCGUUGGCUCGUCUCCCAAGGCAAAGUGGACAAGGCUAUUGGUAUUCUCAAGAAACUGGAGAAAAGGAAUGGCCGCCAGGUGCCCGCCCAAACGUAUCAGAACUUUGCGGACAGCUGCAAGAGGAUGCGGGAGCAGGAGGCCCAGAAUGGGAACUACUCGGUGCUGGAUCUCUUCAAGUCACCGCGUUUGCGUCGCACUACUUUGCUCCUGAUCAUCAUCUGGAUGGCCAUAUCGCUGGUCUUUGAUGGUCAUGUAAGGAACGUGGGUACCCUGGGACUGGAUAUCUUUUUCACCUUCACUUUGGCCUGCUUUACGGAACUGCCGGCGGAUACUCUAUUGACGGUGAUCCUUGAUCGCUUUGGACGUCGUUGGCUGGCCUGCAGCUCCAUGGUACUCAGCGGAGUGUUCAGUCUGUUGGCCACUGUGGCUCCCGUGGGCAUCUAUUCCGCAGCCUUGGCCAUUAUGGGUCGGUUCUUUGUGAACAUUAGUUAUAAUAUCGGUUUGCAGUGGGCGGCUGAGGUGCUCCCAACGGUGGUCAGAGCCCAGGCAGUGGCCUUUAUCCACAUCAUGGGCUAUGUGGCCAGCAUCAUUGCUCCAUUUGUGGUCUAUCUGGCCAAUAUUUCCAAUGCUUUGCCCUUGAUUAUCCUGGGAAUUCUGGGUAUCAUUGGUGGACUGCUAUCGCUGCUGCUUCCCGAGACCCUAAAUCACGUUCUGCCCCAAACCUUGACUGAUGGAGAGGAGUUUGGACGGGGUCAGAGCAUUUGGGACUUCCCCUGCUUGGCCAAGCAGGUGGACGACGAUGACGAGGACAACGAGGCCAAGAGGAACACCGAUGUGGAGGAGGUUCGCUCGCAGGCCUUUGUGAGGGGCACCCAGACAGGAGCCUCCCUAAAUGCCUCCACGGGUGGCGAACUAAGAUCUAGUAUUCUGCGCCGCUCGAUCAAGUCACGCACCUCCACGAAGCUUUAGAGGAUCGGCACUCAGCCGGCAAUCACUAGGUAGCUAAUUCUUCUAGCAGCCAAAAUUAAACUGUAGCUCUGCCUUGCAUUUUUAGCAUCAAAUAGCCUCUAAGCGUCUCUAAAGACUUUUGUGAUACUAGAAGUAAGAAAUUCUAUGCGUCUCUUAAAAACAAUUGAAUAAAAAAAAAAAAAAAA